GGUACAGACAGGAGCAUCUCUCUGGCCGGAGAGGAGCCCAGCUUGGGCGGAGGCUGGGUCUGGCAGCAUGGCUCGCUUCAUGCAUCUCUCCUGGCUCACACUCCUCGCCCUGCUGUUCUCACUGGCUGGAGCCCUGCCCGAGGUCCUGCCGACCCAAGAGGUACAACCGUCUCCCCUCCACAUGGUGGUCUCGGUGGGAGACUCUGUCAACAUCACGUGCUCCACUACCGUGCCCCUGAAAGGGCUCUACCUGAAGCUGAAAUGGCCCAGAAACAUGGAGGUGAUUUACUAUGAAGACGGGGUGAAUGCCACUGUGGAUCAGCAGUUUUGGGGCCGUAUCAACUUCAUGGGAUCCCAGGAAAACCUGACCAUCACCAUGAGCCACCUAGAGAUGGCCGACUCUGGCGUCUACACCUGCUUUCCAGUCGCGGACCUUGAAUUCUCAGGUUCUGACACUAUGGUCAUGGUCACAGAAAAACUGUGCAAAGAGACACAAGAACCACACAAACACCAGGAGCAUGGGCUGAUGUCGCUCAUCCUCCCCUGGGUCCUUGCUGGGAGCUGCUUCUUCCUUGGGCUGGGCCUGGGAACGCUGUGUGCCCUGAGGACACAGAUCAAGAAUUCGUGUGCCUCCAGGGAUAAGAAUCUGAUCUACGUGGUGUAUGAAGACAUGUCCUACAACAGCCGCAACACCAUAUCACCCCCCAUCCAGGGCUAGUGAGCCCCUUGGAUCCCUGCACCCCACCAAGCCUAGCACACCCAGUACUCACACUCAGGCAGCUGUGGCAGGGGCUGUGCUCCUUGGUGCUCUCAAAUGGACAGGGUACCUCCUCCAGGAAGCCUUCUGGCCUGGCCCACCCCUUGGUGGCCUGGUCACACUGCCACCAACCACAAAGCUCGGCUGUCCUUUGGCCACCCUUCCCCUACUUCCCCUCCCACAGCUGAUCAGGGCCUUUUCUGUUGAUGGGCUUAGACAUCUGGCCAGUCCCAGGGCCCAGAGACUCUUGGCAAAGGGGGCAGGAGGAGGCC